UAAGUUAAAUUAUUAAGCAGCGUAACCUUGAUGUUCGAAAACGGUGGUGGGAAUUGGGGAUAGGAGCUGAAUCCAGAAGAAGAAAGAGAGAGUUGAGAGAAUAUGAUCCUUGCGGUGCUCUUUGCCAACGCCGAGGGCAAUAUCCUCAUCGAACGUUUCCAUGGAGUACCUGCUGAGGAGCGCCUACACUGGCGUUCUUUCUUAGUCAAACUAGGAGCUGAUAAUCUCAAGGGUGUCAAAAACGAAGAGCUCCUAGUUGCUUGCCACAAGUCAGUUUAUAUAGUAUACACGGUGCUUGGGGAUGUCAGCAUCUAUGUUGUUGGAAAGGAUGAAUAUGACGAACUUGCUUUGUCAGAAGUGAUAUUCGUCAUAACCUCUGCUGUGAAGGAUGUAUGUGGGAAGCCCCCAAGUGAGCGCCUCUUCCUUGACAAGUAUGGACGAAUUUGCCUUUGUUUGGAUGAAAUUGUAUGGAAGGGAUAUUUGGAAAAUACAGAAAAGGAUAGAAUCAAAAGACUGAUAAGGUUAAAGCCUCCCACAGAGUUUUGAAUGAGAAAUCCAGAGGUAGUCAUACUUCAAUGACUGGCCUGAGUCCUGUUCAAUGUAGCAUCUUGUAAAUGCAUAUUGGCAAGCAACCAGAGACUGUGCUGGAUAUCUUCGCUUUGCAACGACUAUAUUAAAAUUCUUGUGUUAAAAUCUUCUCAAUUUUUAGCACUGGUAUUUUUAGCAUUUCCAAAUUCUGCCUUCUAUAAUUUGCCUAGUUUUCCCCCUCUUUAUCCUUGCAUGUUGUAUGCUUUCUGUGUGGCACAUGAUUCCAUUUUAUGGAAUGAGGGUUUUCAUGUUGGCUAAAAUAGUUGCAUUUCAUUAUACCAUUUCAUAAACACAAGGAAUAAAACAUUUUUACUCGUUCUUGUA